AUGAAUCAGGUACAAUGCCGAAUAUUUUCGAACACCUUCAACCCCCAGGGCCUUCGUCUGGGAAACAAGGUCCUACGACAGAGAUUAAAGGGACCGGCUCUGGCAUCUUACUAUCCCCGUAAGAUGGCGACAUUUCAGGAUCUUCAAAAAGCAUAUCCGGAUUGGGAAACCUUUGACGAGGAGCAAGAGGACCGUAUCGAGAAGCUCAAGCUUCUCAAAGCAAGAGGAAAGGGAGCGCCAAAGAAGAAGAAGACUGCAGAGGAAUCGAAAAAGUUUAAAGGGAACAAGAAGCGUGCGGCAGCAGUAGCGGCGGGUCUAGCAUAA